CUGCUUCUGACGCCGCAGCGUCGCCCGGGUCGCCCCCAAUGGACGCCGAGGGGCAGCCGCCGACUCAGCCAACGCAGGCGACGCAAACCGUCCUCGACCCGCGCCGCAUCGGCAAGCAGAACUCGGGCUUCUCGGACGAUGACGUCUCGGACAUCAUCUGCGUGCUGUACCCGCACUCGCAGGCGGCGCGCCUCGAGGUGCAGCAGCUGGCCGCCAGCGGGUCGCCGUACAUCAUCGGCAAGGACGAGGCCGACGGCGUCGAGGUCGACUACGACGCCGAGGACGACGCCAGCCGCUUCGACGAGAUGCCCCAGGACCUGGGCAGCCACGCCCUCAUCCUGCGGCUGUCGAGCCCGGUCAAGAACCCGGCCGCCGGCUUUCGCUUUGGGCGCAACGGCGCCCGCUGCGACGUCGUCUUCGCCAACGAUCCGCUGCGCAGGGUCAGCAACAUCCACUUCCGCAUCUACAUCAACGAGUACGGCACCGUCAUGGUCGAGGACCACUCCACCAACGGCACCACCGUCGACAACAACCUGCUCAUCUCCCGCCCCCGCGACCCGGCCGUCGCCAACGACCCCGACCGCAAGACCAAGUGGAUGCUGAGCUCGGGGUCCAUCGUCGGCAUCUACCUGCAGGACAUGAGGCACCUCUCCUUCCGCGUCCGCAUCCCCCGCCGCGAGAACGAGUUCGACCUGGCCUACCAGCGCCGCGUCGACGCCUACUUUGCCCGCCAGGCCCUGCGAGGAGGGCCUGUCGAGACCGUCACCACGGGUCCGGGUGGCCAUGUCGACCUCUUCGGCGGCACGGCAGCGCAGAACGCACAGGCGGCCUUGGCUCCGGCCCCAAACGCACAGGCUGCCGCGCUCCGCGUCCCCGACCGCCAGCCUCCCGAGCAGCGGUCUCCCUCGAAGCGCAAGGAGGCCCGGGUUGCCCAACGCCAGUGGACCGGAUCUGGCAAGUAUAACAAGAUUGGCAUGAUUGGAAAGGGAGCCUUUGCCGUCGUCUACAAGGUCACGUCCAAGUACAACGGCGUGCCGUAUGCUGCCAAGGAGCUCGAGAAGCGCCGCUUCAUCAAGAACGGCGUCCUGGACCAAAAGGUGGAAAAUGAGAUGCGCAUCAUGCAGAAAGUGGACCAUCCCAACAUUGUGCGGUACAUAGAAAACUUUGACUGGGACGAUCGACUUCUCAUCAUCAUCAUGGAAUAUGUGCCGGGAGGCGAUCUCGGAAAGCACAUCGCAGACGAUAUGCCCUUUUCCGAGUCGGACUCGAGGGAAAUGGCCAAACAGCUGCUGAGCGCACUGUCCUAUCUGCAUGCCAACAACAUCACCCAUAGAGACGUCAAGCCAGACAAUAUACUCAUCAAUUCCCUCCAGCCGCUGGACGUCAAGCUCACCGACUUUGGACUGUCCAAGAUGGUAGACACCGAGCAGACGUUCCUCCGGACGUUUUGCGGCACCCUCCUUUACUGUGCUCCCGAAGUGUACACUGAGUAUGCCGAGUACGACGAAAAUGGCGUCAGGAGCAGGGGUAAAAAGGCUCGCCGCGUGCCGGGCCAAAGGUACAACCACGCCGUGGACAUCUGGUCUCUGGGCGGCGUGCUCUUUUACUCAAUGACGGGCCAGCCUCCCUAUCCGGUCAAGAGCGGCAUCAGUUACUCGGAGCUGCUGCAUAAGAUCAUGACGACCCUGCUAGACAUUCGACCGCUGGAGAGGCGUGCGAUUUCCGACGACGGCAUCGACUUCAUAUGCAGCAUGCUUCAGAGGAAACCGGAGAAUCGUGGGACGAUAGACGAGCUGUUUCGCCACUCAUGGCUGACCCCUUUAUACAUUCAAGCCUCGCCUCAAUCCUUUGACGUGGUCAGCGAUGACGAAGGCGUCAUGUCAGACCCGCCCCCUGAAUAUCGUGAGCACGAGUACGAGGACCCGUUUGAAUUUGACAGGGUGAGCGACUCCAACGGAGAAGAUGAAGAAGAGGAAGAGGAGGCAAGACGAGAAGAAGCAGGGCAGGGCAGGAAUAAGGGAAAGGAACCGGAGGAUGACGACACGGAUAAUGACAUGCCCAUAACAACAAGGCUCGAGUACCCCAUCGAGGAAGCCAUGCACAUAGGGACGCAGCGGCCUCGUCUCUUUGGCGAAAUAGGGGCCUCCGCCGUCGGCAAUUCUGGAGCCGUACCAGAGGACCACCUUAACCUGCCAGUUACAAACGGGAUCGACUCGGACAGUGGUAGUGGUGGUGGUGGUGGUGGUGCUGAAGGCGAGCUUGACGAGGCUUACGAUUCCGGAGAUUCAGGCGCAACUCUGGUCAAACGAAACGACCGCCGCUUUCUGCGGCAUGGGACGAGCAUGUCCAUUGGCCGCCAUCAGUCGGCCGACCAGCUGCAGAGCCUCGUCGAAGAAGUUGCUUCUCAAAAGCUCAACGGCAACGAAUCCCCUGUCAAGCUCUCUGAUGCGUCAAACCCCACAACUCCUUCCAUGGACUUCAACACCAGCAAGCGUAAGACGUCCUCGUCGCUCGAGGCUAGCGACGAACUGGACCUCGAAAGCACGCCCACUGGGAAGCCGGUCAUCAAACGGCUCAAGUCGGAGAGCUUCAGCCAAGACGUGAGCGCCCAGUUGCUCGAGGAGUACAGGCUGCUGGCCAGCAUGCCUCCGAUCAAAAAGUCCAACUCUGGCCGUCAGAUCGACCAGCAGGUGACGAAAACGCUCUUUUGGCAGCAGGAUCGCAGCACGUGGCACCUUAACUACCCCGAGAUGACGCAGCUCCAGUACGAUGCCUUUGUCCAGGCUGCGCGCAACAGAAAGGAGGAGUUUGGCCCAAACAACAAGCCUUUGUGGGACUUGGCCAUGCGGUACUUUCCUCCCACUCCGCCUACAACGGGCAGCCAGAUUUCACGGACUCAGGAUGAGGACGUCCUCAUGGACAUUCCCUCUACCGGUGAGCACGCCGCCGGCUACGAGGACCCGGAUGCUGGCCGUCUGGAUACUCAGCGGGUGGUUCCUGUGCAGACGAACAGUGGCAGUCGAGCCAUCGGCAUGAUCACCUCGCACGAGAAGUCCUGCAUCAAGAAGAUUGAGAUGCACAUUACGGACUCGCUGAUAUCCUUUGGCCGCGGUGUGGGCAACACGGUCGUGUUCCAGCCAAAGACCAACACGAGAGUGCCAAAGCAUGCCUUUAAGAUCCUGCUAUGGAAGGACGGCUACGACCCGGCCAAGGACGCCCACCCAUGGAAAGACGACCUUGCGGACGCAGCAGACUCGUACUUCUUCUGGAUCUCCACCAAGGCGACCAUCGGCAUCUCCGUCAACGGGCAGCGCAUCGCAUCCAGCAACCCGGCAAAGGCCUCUGCGCCCUCAAUCAACUGGGCCAAGAUCUACAACGAGGACGUCCUGGACCUGUGGCACUCGGAGGACGGCAGGGAGCAGACCAAGCUCGUCUUCCAGUGCUUCUGGGGCGGCUCGCGUCGCAAGCGCGAGGAGGACUCGCAGCGGCGCCUCGAGAUGGCGAGCCGGACCGAGCGGCGCAUCCGCGAGGCCGCCGCCCUCAAGCAGGACGAGGAGCGCGGCCGCGACGGCGCCGACAGGAGGCAGGCCGAGAAGCUGCGCAUCAAGAGAGCCCUCGAGGCCGACGACAGGGAGCGCCAGCAGCGCAUCUACAUCGAGCGUUACAUGAGCCACGUCUUUGAAUAG